AUGUUGGACUCGCCUGGACAAGCUCCCCUUCGCGCGGAUGCUCUGAGACGCAGCGUGACCUGCACCGAAUCGUCGUCGGCUCCAGCCACCCUCACGACACCAUCUGCCAUCGGCACUGCUGUCUCCACUCCUGCACCUUCGGAGGCUGGCGACGAGUAUGACAACCCGCUCGAGUCCAGCUCCAGAUGGUAUCUUAACGCAAAGGCCCAGACCGUACGCUACGCGGCCAGCCUGGGGUUCAGCAUUCAUAACCGGUCUGAUCCUCCAGCACCAUGCCCUUCCCGAGAAAUCUGGCUAGAUUCAACCUUGUCAGCCUGGAAGGGCAAAGGCAAGAUCAAGGCAGAGGUGUGGAAUCCUCCACGGAUAUCCUUCGGACCACGCGCCGCCGUCAUCAACCUGCAUGGCGGAGGGUGGAUAUUGGGCCAAGGCACCGACGAUGCUCGUUGGGCCGGUGCCGUGCUUUGCAACUUGGACGCCGUUGUCUUCACCGUCAACUACCGACUGGCACCGAGCUACCCAUUUCCUACCCCAAUGGAGGAUUGCGUCGACGCCACCAUACAGAUUGCCUCGCGGGCAUCCGAGUUUGGCAUCGAUCCAAACCGCAUCGUGCUGUCCGGCUUCUCAGCAGGAGCGACGAAUGCUCUGACCAGCUGGAUCGCCAUGCAAGACCCAGCUCGGUGGAACUACAAACUGCCGAGUCCGCCGCCGUCCAUACUCGGCAUCAUCUUGUUUUACCCCACCUUGGACGUGACCAUUACUCGGCCUGGCAAGCGUCAAGCUUGCACUCGACCGGAGCGCACCUUGUCUCCCGGCCUGACAGAUCUUAUAGAUGCAUCGUAUUUCUAUCCGCCGAUUCCCCGGGAACAACGCACUGAUCCCAGGAUGUCACCCGGACUGAUGCCGGAUGACUUGCUGAAAAAACUGCCUCACCUGCACAUGAUUCUAUGCGAGUACGAUAUGCUGCUAGCCGAGGGCAUACGGUUUGCUGAGCGACUAGAGCAAAACGACGUGCCGUUUACUGUGCGGGUCGUGGAAGGAGAAGGUCAUGCCUGGGAUAAGCCGCCUCCCAUGACUCCGAAAGAGAGCGUCUUCGUCGAGUACGGCAAGGCCACGGACAGCAUUGCCCGCUGGCUCGGCCGAGAUUGCGAGGUGGACGGGGAGUCGGUGAGCUCCCUGCAACGCAAACGGCCCCGAUUUCGACGGCCUCAGCACCUGUCCAUCAGAUCAAGAUCGAUAUGGUAG